UACGGGAAGACGCACCGAUGUGGGUGCACGCGUUUCGGUCGCUCAUCACAACGACGAACGCGCGUUCGCGAGUGACCAAUUAAAAAAAGCGCUUGCAAUUUAAAAACUUCGUAUUUUUUUGUGGCAAUUGUGAACAUGAAGUGUUAUAUUGUGGUGUUAAUGGUGUUGGCGUGUGGCAGUGCCGCCUCUGCCGCCGCGGCAUCAUCAUGCUCUGGCUCUGAAGGAUUCUUCGCCAGAUAUAAUGCAUCAGCUGACGAUAGCAAUCAACCAGGAUCCAUAUGUGGAGGGCAAUGCUGCGGUCGAGGACGGGAACAGCAGCUACGCGCCGCCCUCAUGAGGGUCGCGGUAGAACAGGCUGCAAUGAAGACUAGGCCCAUCACAGAUCUUUUGCUGUCUACAAGACGGACUUUGCAAGAACAUCUGAUAGCGUUGUCCCAUCAGUCGCAGAAUAAAACAGCUGGACUGUUAACGCAACUGUACCGGGAACAUGCUUCGCGCGCGCACGCCCCUCUGGCCGUCCUCUACGACGACAUCCGAACAGUGCUACGAACACCUGAGAAUAACACCUCUAGAGAGCACGCCACGGAUGUGUCUGAUAGCACUAGAAAGUUCUUCGUUGAAUUAUUUCCGGUAGCAUAUCAGAAUGUACUAAAACUGGAAUCGAAGCAGUUUACAACGUCAUAUGAAGACUGCUUGAAGAGCGCAUACAAUGCUGUAGCGCCUUUUGGAGAUGUGCCUAAAAAGAUGGGCAAAUCACUGUCUCAUUCGUUGAAAGCGGCACGGGCACUCCUCGAAGCCCUAGCAGCGGGCGCUGGUGUCUUGGCUGCCAGUGAACACGUUCUGUCUACAACUGGAGGCUCUGAGUGCGCCAACCACCUACUCAUAGCUGGCGGGUGCGCGUAUUGCAAAGGUUUUGAUGUUAGACCUUGUCGAAAUUUCUGCAUCAACGUUGCAAGAGGGUGCAUAACCUCGCUACUAGCAGAACUGGAUGCUCCCUGGGCCGGAUACGUGGAGGGGAUGGAGAGAUUAGACCGAGCUGACGCUGAUGUGGACAUCCGAGAGAUAGAGGGCAAGAUCUCAGAAGCUAUUAUGUAUGCGAUUGAAAAUAAAGGAACUCUAGAAAGCAAGGUACACAAGGAGUGCGGUGUGACCAUGACGAUGGAGGCAUCAAGUCUGACAUCUCCACUACCUUCUCCUGGUGCAACGCGACGGAAUGCACUGAACGCACCGCCACCUGAUGCUAUACUAUUAGAUUUUGCCGCGUCUUUGUCCAGGAAAAAGAAACUCUUCGCCCAUCUUGGAGAUUAUCUAUGUGAUGAACUGGACUUUGCACAAGAUGGAGACGAUAAUUGUUGGAACGGCAAAUCAAUUGGAGAUUAUACGAAACCGCUGGUGUCCUCGUCUCUAAUCGAUCAAAAAUAUAACCCCGAGGUGCUGGACAUUCCUCGGGACCCAAGAGUGGCAGCUCUCGGUGACAAGUUGCAGCAGGCAAGACAGUUGCUGGUGAGAACAACAAUAGGAAGCGACAUAAAUUCUCCGGACGUGUUCAUGCAAGGCGAUGAGGCCAGCGAGGAAGGUUCCGGAAAUUAUCGCAGUUACGAUGAUGAUGCGUCUUACGAUACCGAGGGAUCUGGAGAAGAGGGCUCCGGUAUGCACGAAACCGGUAACAGACAGUAUGAAGGUGUGGAGACACCUUACACAACGACACCCGAGACGGCAGCAGCAGGUACACCACGACCUCUCCUCUCCAUAGUAUUCAAUUUGGCUAUGUUCACAGGCCUUCGCCAUUGUCUCACUUAAAUACCAACUCAAGUACCAUGUGACAAGACUCUGCUCACUCGACAAAACCAGUGAGAUCUUUGUUCCCCAUAUCAUUGUGAAGUUGUGAGUGGAAAGUAAAGCGUGUGUGAAGUGUGACUACAGGUAGAACUUAGUCUGAUAUAAAAGACAUGAUCUCGCAAGGGAUCUGCGUUUGGCGACGGCCUAAUGCGGACUUGUAGACCGGGCACGAUGUGUAGCUAGUCCCUGAACAUAGAUAUAUUAGAAUCUCGAAUGCAGAUCGCAAUAACGAUGCAUUUAAAAAUAUAUAAUUGACGAUUGUCUGCAAUAAAUGUACAGUGCAUAUCGUAUUGUCUUCAUUUUGUAAAUAAUUUUGGUAUCAUUAUUAUAGUAGUGUUAAAAUUAAUAUUUAAAUUAUAAUUGAAGCUUUACAAUACUUCUGCAUUUAAAAUUAUGGAUGUGAAUCCUCAAGUGUAUCGUCAUAAUAAUAAAAUAAUAUUAUUUGAAGAAUCUUUAAUGUUGUUAAAUACUAGCUGAUUGGCAAUAAUUUUACUAAGUGAAAAAGUAUAACGAUUAUACACGAGUGAUAACGAUAAAUUAUAUAAGGUUUGACUGUACAGAAAUUACUGUAAAUACCUGAAGUCCUACUGGUAUAGGUGCUUAGCUAGUAAUUGUAUUUUGUUGCCAUAUUAAUGUUACGGUUAUUAUUAUUUAUACUAUUUUAAGUAAUAUUUUAAUCUAAAAUUAAGUUAUGUGAUAUGUAUUUUGCAAUGAAAUUCGUGCGCCAGUUGCACACAAUAUUUAAUUUAUUAUUCAAUGGCAGCGUGUAAUAAAUAUUGUAUUUAUUUACAACAACAAUAUUAUGUCUAAUUUAUAUCAAUUCUUCUUCAACUUGCUUCUUAUCAAAUUUAUUUCAAACGAAACACAAAGUUAAAUAAUUUUAUUUUAAUAAUUCACCUCUUAUUAUUUGGAGCUUGUAUACUCAAAUGAAAUUAAAUCAGGGGACGUACAUUUAUUACAAAAGAGAAAAAUAUAUUAUCGCAUAAAUAAAAUAAAAUAUUAUAUUGUAAAGACGUAAUAGAAUCUGUUAUUAUGCAGACGCCAUUUAAUGGCACGCUCUAAGUUUUGUAAAAUGAAUAACUAUGUAGUUAGAAUAAAAGGAGUCGAUGAGGGUGUGUGAGGACCAGGAAUGUAUUGGAAUCAUUUUCAUGUUGUCAUAUUACCAUUAUUGUUAUUUUUUCGCUCGAUUGAAGUAGAACUGUACUAUCUAUAUUCAUGUGGUGAUUACAAAGUUUUAAUAUGGUACAGGUUAAAUAUACAAUACUUUUUUUUUGUCUAUUUUUUACCUCGGUGUAGUGGUGACUACACUGAGGUAGACUGUAAAGACUCGUAUACGUAACUUAAUCUGGCAGAAGAAAUGUGGUAGAGAAAUCAGAGGGACGGGGAAGGAAUCAUUUUAUAUUCAGUAUCCUUUAAAAUGUAUAAAAAUAUAUAUUUUUGUGCAUGGUUUGUGGCGUAUAGAUGCGUUACAGGCAUUAAAUACUAACUUUGGAUGGUUGAACCAUGUUCAAUUUGUCUUAUAUGAUUGUAAAUCAUACCUACAAGGUGCGGAAAUCCCUAGAAAAAAGUUAUGCCAGUAUGAAUAUCGAAAAUGUCAUGAAUAUGUCAAAAUUUUCACUUUAUUUUAAAUAAAAGUGAAUAAACUAUAAAUAUAUAUAAGAAUAAACUGUAAAACAAAUUCUUUCAAGAAAUCUUGUUUUUGUUUUUUGUUUUUUUUUGUAGGUUUGUAAAAGUAAAUAUUUUUACAUAUUUCGUGAAAAACUUGUUAAUUUCACGUUUCAGUGAAGUUAACAAGAUUUUCUGACAGCACACAAAAUCGAUGAGGUCCCGCAGGACUUUAUUAUUGCCACAAAGUAAGGAUCAUACAAAAAUUCCGUUUUCCCUUUAUUUAUACAUAUCGACCUUUAUAACCUGAAAUUUAAUAUUGAGAAAUCGCUAAAAUACUAUGAAAGAGGUAACGUGAGAGCCCCAAAUAUCCGCUUUAGUGAUUCCUAAUAUGAUUCUAGACGAUUUGCAAUUCGGCAAUUUACGAGUCAAUUUAUAGCAGAAUUCAUGUAACCGAUUGUACAAUUUCACAUAUCAGCAAUUCAUCAACAAACCCAAUUUACGGAAUCCAAUGUAAACUGGAAA